AUGGACUUCGACACGGACAGUCCGCUGAUUUUUAUGCCGAAGUGCGAGGGAAAUUUGGCGACCCUUGUCAAAAGCUUUCGCAAUAACUCCACAGAUCUUCACCGGGUCUGCAAUCAGGUCCUAGAGGAAAUGCUGAGGGCACUGGAUUACCUCGCCGCCAAGGGGUACAUCCAUCGGGAUGUUAAACCCGUGAACGUCCUUUGGAGAUACAACUCUAAGUCCCCUGGACGUCGCUACCACUUCCAACUUGGGGAUUUCGGCCUGGCGAACCAUUUCCUGAUGGCAAGAACCAUCGUCGGCACCCGCAUGUAUAUGGCUCCGGAAUUCCACAACCCUGACAGGUUGCGUCAGACCCCGAAAGUUGACAUAUGGUCGCUCUUUGUGACCAUGGCCGAGAUCUUGCCUCAUGACGUUUGCAACUUUCCGCCAAACUCGUGGGCCGAUUCCAGUCACAGGGGCAUCAUACAGGCCGUCCGACAGGCCGCAGAAGCUGAUUUAUUACGGCAGCUUCGGCCUAUGGCAAGGGUGGAUCCGAACCUUCGGGCAUCGGCUGCGCAAAUGCUCCUCGAGAUCUAUGGGGGCGAAGGUUUGACCACGCCAAGGGACGACAUUACCCCUAUCCAAUGGGACGUCGUGGAGCCGGCAGCCUUCCCUAUCGGCGAACAAUUCUCAGCCCAGGCGGCCUGA